AUGAAGCAGUUCUCUGACGUCGACUUUGAAGUGCGCUGGCUGCCAUAUCAGCUGAAUCCCCAAGCAUCCGACAAGCCGUCCAGCAAGAUGCAGGCCUAUGCGGACAAGUUCGGCAAGAGCAAGGAAGAAGUGAAGCAGAUGGGCGACUGGAUGAAAGGCAAGUUCGAUGCAGUGGGACUGCCCUAUGCCUUCACGGAGAAGGGCUUGGUGAGCAGCACCUUCGAUGCGCACCGAGUCCUCACCGAAGCCUACCGGCAGGGUGGGGCUGCUGCCCAGGACAAGGCAGCUGAGGCCUUGUUCCACUCCUACUUUGCAGAGGAGAAGGCGCCCAACGACCCGGAGGAGCUGAAGAAGGCGGCGGUGGCAGCGGGCCUGGAUGGCGACAAGUUGGUCGCUGACAAGUCCCUGGCCGCAGCAGAGGUGAAGGAGGAGCUCAGGGUCGGGCAGCAGCUUCGCGUGCGCGGAGUGCCUCACUUCGUGAUUCGGGCAGAUGGAUCCUCGAAGGCGCAGCAGAUCUCUGGUGCGCAGCCACCCGAGGAGUUCGUCCACGCGUUCCGGGCCGUGGCGACAUGA